GCAACCCACAUGAACAUGUUCUUCUCCUUCAAGAUACUCACAAGAUUCAGAGCUACCAUUAAAUCUCCAUAAAUAUAUAUUCAACUUCUAUCACCAGUAUGCAGCAAUAGCUCCAAAGUAAAUGGCUCUAUUUCUUGCUAUGUUAGUUUUUUCAAACCCACUAGUGUUCUUCUCUCAAAUUUCCUAUGCAACUGAUACCAUUACUCAGUCCCAGCCACUUCUUGAUGGCAGCACCUUGGUCUCCAAGGAAGGAACCUUUGAGUUGGGUUUCUUUACUCCCGGUAAUUCCCCAAACCACUAUGUCGGAAUAUGGUUCAAAAACAUCCCCAUGAGAACAGUUGUUUGGGUUGCCAACCGCGACAACCCUGCAAAAGAUAAAUCCAACAUGUUGUCUCUAAGCAAAGAUGGAAACCUCAUACUCCUCGGCAAGAAUCGGUCUCUUAUUUGGUCGACAAAUGCAACAAUAGCAGUUUCGAAUCCGGUUGUGCAACUUUUAGACAACGGAAAUUUGGUAAUAAGAGAGGAAAAGGACGACAACAUGGACAAUGAAGAGAAUUUUGUGUGGCAGAGCUUUGACUAUCCUUGUGAUACACAAUUACAAGGAAUGAAGUUGGGGUGGAACCUUAAAACCGGCCUCAAUCGGUAUCUUACAGCUUGGAAAAAUUGGGAAGAUCCAUCUUCGGGAGAUUUUACUUCAGGGUUGAAGCUUGGAACCAAUCCUGAAUUGGUUAUAUCGAAAGGCUCGAAUGAAUACUAUAGGAGUGGCCCUUGGAAUGGAAUUUUUUCUAGUGGAGUGUUUGGAUUUAGUCCUAACCCACUUUUCGAAUAUAAAUAUGUCCAAAAUGAAGAUGAAGUGUACGUGAGGUACACCCUCAAGAAUAGUUCUGUGAUUUCGAUAAUUGUUUUGAACCAAACUCUUUUUCUUCGCCAACGCAUUACAUGGAUUCCUCACACUAGAACUUGGAGUGUGUACCAAUCUCUACCACAAGACAGUUGUGAUGUUUAUAAUGUUUGUGGAGCGUAUGGGAAUUGCAUGAUUAAUGCCUCCCCUGUGUGCCAAUGCUUGGAGGGAUUUAAGCCAAAAUCACCCCAAGGUUGGAAUCAAAUGGAUUGGACAAAAGGGUGUGUGCGUAGUGAACCAUGGAGUUGUGGAGUAAAAAACAAAGAUGGUUUUCGUCUAAUUGCUGGGAUGAAAAUGCCAGAUACUACACAUUCUUGGAUCAAUAGAAGUAUGACACUUGAAGAUUGCAAGGCCAAAUGCUUGAAAAAUUGUUCCUGCACGGCUUUUGCAAACAUGGACACCGGUGGUGGAGGUAGUGGUUGCUCCAUUUGGUUUGGUGAUCUUGUUGAUUUGAGAAUUUCUGAAAGUGGGCAAGAUCUAUAUGUUCGAAUGGCCAUUUCAGGCACGGGUAAAGACAAUGUGAAUGCAGAUGCUAAACAUAAGCAUCUAAAAAAGGUAGUCUUGGUGGUCGCAAUCACAGUUUCUUUAGUCCUUCUGAUGUUAUUGGCAUUUUCCUACAUUUACAUGACCAAAACAAAGUAUAAAGAAAAUGGAACAUGGACAGAGGAGAAAGAUGAUGGUGGGCAAGAAAAUCUGGAGCUUCCUUUCUUUGAUCUUGCUACAAUAAUUAAUGCCACCAAUAACUUCUCAAUUGAUAACAAGCUUGGUGAAGGUGGCUUUGGGCCGGUAUAUAAGGGUACAAUGUUAGACGGACACGAGAUUGCAGUCAAAAGGCUUUCUAAGAGUUCUGGGCAAGGAUUGAAAGAAUUUAAGAAUGAAGUUAUAUUGUGUGCCAAACUUCAGCAUCGAAAUCUUGUUAAGGUUCUUGGUUGCUGCAGCGAAGGAGAGGAAAAAAUGUUACUCUAUGAAUACAUGCCCAACAGAAGUCUCGAUUCAUUUAUUUUUGAUCCAGCUCAAAGUAAACUUUUAGAUUGGCCUACGCGCUUUAACAUCUUGUGUGCAAUUGCUCGGGGACUUCUGUAUCUUCAUCAAGAUUCUAGAUUAAGAAUCAUACACAGAGAUUUGAAGGCAAGUAAUAUUUUACUAGACAAUAAUAUGAACCCAAAAAUUUCAGAUUUUGGCUUGGCUAAAAUGUGUGGAGGUGAUCAAGUUGAAGGGAAUACAAACAGAAUUGUCGGAACAUACGGUUAUAUGGCACCUGAAUAUGCUAUUGAUGGAUUAUUCUCUAUAAAAUCAGAUGUAUUUAGCUUUGGCGUAUUGUUGUUAGAAAUUAUAAGUGGAAAGAAAAACAGAACAGUAACAUAUGAAGAGCACAGUGACAAUCUUAUUGGACAUGCAUGGAGAUUGUGGAAAGAGGGCAUUCCAGAACAAUUGAUUGAUGCUAGUCUUGUGGACUCAUGUAAUAUAUCUGAACUUGUACGUUGCAUUCAAGUUGGUCUUUUAUGUCUGCAACACCAUCCUGAAGAUAGGCCAAACAUGACAACUGUGGUUGUAAUGUUGAGCAGUGAAAAUAGUUUAUCUCAACCUAAGGAUGAAAUGAUGGAGGAACAUUGAGUUCAUGGAGGAAGAGAAAGAGACGAUUCUACAAGUACCAGUGGAAGAAGUGGUGGAGGAUAAUGAAGCAUGGUUGGCUGGAAGGAUUCUAACUCAAGAAUCUUUCAAUAGUAAAGCUUUCAUGACAAUUAUGGCCCAAAUCUAGAAGGUGAAGAAGGGGAUCGAGAUUCGGGAGGUGGGGAAAAUCCUAUUCAUGUUUCCUUUUUUGUCGAUAUGGUGGAUAGGGAGGAGGUUUUGAGCAGAAGCCCAUGGAAUUUCAAUCGGGGGAUCAUUGUGCUUCAAGAGAUGGAAAGAGAUCAAAAACCUAGAGAGGUAGAUCUCAAUGACAACCUCUUUUGGGUUAGGAUCUAUGAGUUGUCCAUGAGCUCACAACAGAGGUGAUGUUGGGGAGUAAUUUGAAAAUGACAUACAUUUCAGGUAUGAAAAACUUAAUGAAGCCAAAUAAAA